AUGAAUCUCGCCCUGGUCGACCCGUUCGUGCUGGCGCAGGACAUGCCGGAGGCGCUCAUCGCCCGUCUGCGCAGUUCUGGUGCCGCCGUCUGUCUACGCUUCAACCGCCAGGGUGAUCUGCUCGCUUCCGGUACCGCCAAAGGAGCCAUUGCCAUCUUCGAUCUCGAGACACAUGGUGUCGCCCGCAAGCUGCGUGGUCACACCCCUGGCCGUCAGGUCCAGUCGCUCAGCUGGUCUGCUUGUGGUCGCUACCUGCUCAGCUCGUCGGUCGACUGGAAGGCCAUCCUCUGGGACCUGAACGACGGUUCGCGCAUUCGCACUGUCAACCUCGGCGCUCCCAUCUACAUCGCCGAGUUGCAUCCUCACAAUCACCUGCUCUGCACCGCCGCUCUCUUCGAAGCCCAGCCCGUCCUGGCAUCGCUCGAUCAACCCUCCACUAUCCCAAAACCUCUCCCUUCAGCCCCCAGGCGCUCUGCUUACGAGCAAGAUGACAAACAAGCUGCCCAAGAUGCCAAGAAUACUACGACCGUCACCAUCUUCACCCCCUCUGGCGAUCACAUCAUCACAGGCACUACAAAGGGCUGGCUUAACAUCAUCAAGGCGAGCACUUGUUCCGUCAUCUACUCGACUCGCCUUAGCAACAAGGCACUACUCCUCUUGCGUCUUACCACCUCUGGCCGCGAUUUACUCGUCAAUGCAGCUGACAGCAUCAUCCGCACAAUCCGUCUGCCCAACCUCGGAGAUCCAUCUUUCGACCCUGACAACAUGCGCCUUGAGGUUGAGCACAAAUUCCAAGACGUCGUUAACCGCCUCUCUUGGAACCACGUUGCUUUCAGUCCGUCUGGCGAUUAUGUCAUGGCCUCGACUCUCAUGAAUCACGACAUAUACAUCUGGGAGCGUGGCCAUGGCAGUUUGGUCAAAAUCCUUGAGGGUCCCAAGGAAGAGCUGGGAGCUGUUGAGUGGCAUCCUCAAAGACCCUUCGUCGCAGCCACUGGUGUUGAGUCUGGUCGCAUCUAUCUAUGGUCUGUCAACACGCCACAACGCUGGUCCGCACUCGCUCCUGAUUUUGUUGAAGUCGAGGAAAACAACGAAUACAUCGAAGCAGAAGACGAGUUCGAUAUACACCCUAUUGAAGAACUGCACAAGAGGCGCCUUGAUCUUGAAGACGAACAUGUCGACGUUCUGACCGUCGACCCCGCUAAACCAGGCCAGGUGAAGCACGAGUUUCGCAUGCCUGUCCUGUUAGACAUUCACGCAAGCGAUAGCGAGGAGGAGAUGGUUGCGAUUGGAGCAGGACAAUAUCGUCGCAAGAGCCAAGGCCCUGAGUCUGAUUUUCUCGAAGAUGACGAAGAUGCAGCACCAGCGAAUGGCCAAACUAAGCGACGCCGUGCUGAUUGA